CGGCAGCACACCAAUCGCCAUCGAUCGUUUUUGGAAAGCUUCUGUCGAAACUACAGAGAACUGCCUUCCUCUUGUCUGUGGCAAUAGUUAUGCCGAUUAGACCCUCUUGAUCUAUGGUGAACCUGUGGCCAUAGUCGAUCUCUUCGUUGCUUGAAAGGGGUUCAAGUUAUCUAUGCCAGUACCGACAGCUGCAUUUUUAGGGUCUGAAAACAGGGUAGGACGGUUGAGGAGACCUCCUUCCCACUGCUAUCCAUGCCAUGGCGGUGAACUUACCGCGGCGGCGCCCAGACAAGUCGCUCUUGCAGAAGGGAGUGGUCGGUAUGGCACGGGCUUUCGAGCAUUCCGGCUGCAUAUUGAUAUCGACCUCGAUGCUUAUUCCUCGAGCAGGAGCCUAGGCAGACGGGACGUUAUAGGUUUCAGAAUAUAGCGUCGCCGACCGGCCAAUGUUCUUUGCUGGAGUUGUUGGGACCUUGGACCGUGCGUCCAAGAGUCAAGUCGUCUAGGUACGGUCGACUACUGUUGAAACUCCCGCAAUUGACCUGACUAGUACUAUUGCGUGUGCAUGAGCUGGCCUGCCCGACUCCAACAUCUCAUCAGUAUCAUGAUCAAACUUCAGCAUUAGCAUGCUAUUGGAAUCCGCCCCCAAUUUUGUUUCUUUUUUGCAAGCUGAUCAACUACUUAGUUAACGGAACCCGGAUCACCGGUGUAGCAGAGUACGCCGUGUACAUGCGAUAGGCUAGCGGCCAAACCGGAAACGUGUAGUUCCUCUAUAAACCACAUCCAUCAUGAAUCCAUACCGCACCACUGGAAGAUCUCCCGCUCCCAACAAAGUACAGGAAUUGUUCCGCCACUGAAGGAAAUAAUAAUUGGUAUAAAAAGCGACCAGAAACCACGAAUUCUCUCCAACCCAGGAGGCUAAUCGAUUUUUUACUACUCUCUUCUUUUCGCUUCUUCACCUUCCUUCCUAUAUUGUUUUCAUUCAGAAUGCUGGUACCAUUCGAUAUCAUUCCCUCAGCUUCGCCUGUUUUCGUUUUAGCAACUUCCGUUGGCCUCCUGGGGGGGUCCAUCAUCCUCAUCGUCUUUUUCUUCUUCACCGUCACAGCUCUCAAAGCGCAUCGAGAACAGUCUAUCUUACCAAAGGGACUCCCAUUCCUUGGAAAGAAGAACGAAUUUCUGGCUUCCAUCCGGGCUAACGCGCGUGGAGCAAGCGAUUCUUUCAGAUUGUUUACGGAGGCUUACGAAAAGUAUUCGACCAAGGGUUUGGUGUCUGUAGUCCCGACAUGGACGAAAGGCCCUCAAGUACUCGUCCCCACCGCUCUGAUCAACUGGCUCGCCCACGAACCCGAGCACGUCAUGAACGCUAGAGACUGUACCUUCGAGGACAUGCAAUUUGCCUAUACUACGGCGCAUCCAGAGAUCAUGAACAACGAUAUGCUGGACCUGAUGAUCAAACGGGAGUUAACGCGCCACGUCGGGAAUCUCAAUGACAAGAUCGUCAACGAGGUCUCCUUGGCCAUGGGAGAGAUGUUCGGCACCGGCGACUUAUCGGAAAGUGGCCAAGGGGAAUGGAGGGAAGUCGGUAUCUGGGAUAGCUCGAUGCGACUUGUGGUGAAGGCUGCUAACAGUGUUUUCGUCGGUUCUGAUCUUUGCCGAAACGAAGAAUACACGCAAGCCUGCAUGUCCUGGGUUUGGGACGUUGCCACAAGUAGUGCGGUGAUGCACAUGUUCCCCAAGUUCCUAAAACCGCAUGUUUCCAAGCUCGUAACGUACAAGAACCGUCGCGAUGCCAGAGUCAGCAUAAAGCAUACUCUCCCACUUGUUGAAGAACGUAUCGCAAACAUGACCCGGGCUCAAAAUGACAAGUCCUUCGAGUAUGAGGCACCGAAUGAUCUGAUCACUUGGAUGGUGAAAGAAUCUUUCAAACGUACCUCCGAAAGCGAGACCUCGGCGUACUCUCUCGCCUACCGUAUCCUUCUCCUCAACUUUGCUGCUGUCAUCACCUCUACCAUCGCCUCCGCCAACUUCAUCCUCGAUAUCAUGUCCACAGAUCCAUCGGAAAACGUCGUCGAACUGCUUCGUGAGGAAGCCGAACGCGUAUACAGAGAACACGAUGGUGUCUGGUCCAAGGCUGCUGUUGCCAAGCUCGUCAGGCUCGACAGUGCUCUACGAGAAUCCGGAAGAUAUUCCUGUGUCGGAGGAUCCGCCAUUACACGACGAGUUUGGACAGACGACGGUGUGGUCUUGCCUAUCGAUGGGAAGGAAGGAGAGGGCAGCGGUCUCUGGGUGCCCAAGGGAGCAACUGUUGGUGUUGCACAACACCAGAUUCACUUCGAUGAGAAGUACUACGGGCCGACUGUCGCCAAAUUUGACCCCUUUAGGUUCUCGAGACCUAAGGAACAGGGUAUUUCGACGACGAACGAAGAUAUGGUUACCACCUCGACGCAUUACUUGACGUUCUCGCACGGUGUCCAUGCCUGCCCUGGUCGAUUCUUCGCCGCGAACGAGUUGAAAUUGAUUAUGGUGAACAUCUUGUUGAAUUACGAGAUCCAAUCAAUGCCCACGCGUCCACCAAAUGAAGCUUUGGGAGAUGUGAAGAUUCCUUCAAGGAAACGGACGAUGAUGAUUCGGAAAAGGGCAAGAGUUAUGGAUGUUUGAAACCUGAACCCCCCGCACCGCUAUUGAACUGAAGUGUUUUAUCAAUAUUUAACCUAAGAGUCGUUCUUUCUCUUUCAUUACUUUUACUUUCCCAUUCCAAUAUCUGUAUCUAUAGGCCUAUCGUUAAGAGUAAACCCUUGAUAGAUAAUUUAUUACACUUAGUACUUUCGCUCCUUGACAGAAUACACUCAAACUGUCGAUAAAUAACAGAUCAUCUGAUCGCGAUAAAACUUUCCGCACAG